AUUCGAGAGCCGCCAUAUUUGGAUGAUCGCUUGUCAAAAAAAGCAGGAGUCCAAUGUAAUUUAUUGAAAAAUAGUCAAUGACCAAGACCUCUCCUUGUUGUUGAAAAGAAAAUACGCAUUAUCAAUGAUUUUUUCUGUCGUUUGAUAGCAGUUGACAGCAAUGGAUCACGGAGAUAGUCCAGCAUCGUCCCUUCAGUCAACCGGCGACACAGGCCAGCUCUUGCAAGAAUUACUGAAUCUUCAGAAAUCAAACGGCCUAUCCACAGGAAGUUUGACUGUACCACCUGGUCCACCACUAAACCAAGUCACAGACAGCACUGAAGUGCCAGGGUCAGGUGAUGCAACUAACCCAACAUUGGCAGAAUUAAUGAUGACAAUGUACGACAACCCCGUACCCCGGCAGCUCAUUACUCUACAAGGGAGUGACACAGCCAAUAGUUUUAGCGUAUAUGGAAGAGAGGUAGAAAUCAUCACAAGUAAGCCGAACGAAUCCGUCAGCUCUCAGGCCAAGACAGGCAGCAAUAAGGUGAAGACGACUCCUGUUGUGAAGUUUGAAUGGGAAUCCGUGUACUAUAUAGGAAAUCUAGUCACUCUACACAGACUUAAUGUAUACGCUGCAUACUCACUUAGAGGUAAAUCUGGGGGUGUGGUUCGGAUCAUCAACAGGAAGACAGCUGAGAGGGCUUUACUGAAGGACCUGACAGGGCGGGUGGUGGACAUAGCUUUUGCUUACACUGAUGAUGUCAUCCUAGCAGCUGUUGAUGAAAUAGGAAAUCUACUUGUACACAAUAUCAAAGAGGGAGAUGAUAAAAAGCUUCAAGUACCGUUAUUGCUGAAGGUCACUCGCCCGCGGGGGACCAUCUCUACAGAGUACCACCGUGUGAUCUGGUGCCCAUUCAUCCCGGACGAUUGUGACGACAGCUCGGUGACGGAAUCCUCCACUCAGGACGCCUCCCGAGUACUGGUGCUGACACAUGGAGAAAGGUGUGAGAUUUGGAAUGUUGACAUGGUGACAAGAGAGCAUGGCAGUGGACCGAUUUCUGUAGAUGAUGUGGAAAUUGGACUCAUUAGAAUUGACAGUCACACACAGGCUGUUAUGGAUGCUGCCUUCUCUCCUGAUGGUACAGCCCUAGCUACAGCCAGUCUAGAUGGAGAAGUCAAAUUCUUCCAAGUCAAUAUGAGUGAAAGUACCUCACCGAGAUGUUUACACCAGUGGAAGCCACAUGAAGGGAAGCAGUUGUCUUCCUUGUUUUUCCUUGAUGAUCACAGGAACUCGAGUGCUGAUACCCAGUUUUGGAGAUUUGCUGUCACUGGAGCUUGUAACAAUCAAGAAAUCAAAAUCUGGAGCUGCGAGUCCUGGGUUUGUCUUCAGACAUUAAGGUUCAUGUGUCCACCAGAUCUACCAACAAACUUCAGUGCUGAGCCAUGUAUGAAAGCAGGAUUAGACCUCAGUGCUAAAUAUUUAGUGCUGUCUGACAUCAAGAGACAGGUGUUAUACGUGUUACAAAUUCACCAAGACUCGGCAGCUAACACAGCUCAUGUGAGUUCUGUCUCAGAGUUCCUGUUAGCUCAGACCUGCCUCAGCUUUGCCAUUUUGGAUGCCAGCAAGAAAAAGUUCAAAAAGGUCACCGAGGAGUCUCAUCUGGAUGAAAUAACAACUGGUGAGUUGGAUAGAGAAGAAGGAGGAGAGGAUCCAGAUCACAGACAUGAGGCCACUACUGCAUCAGGUGUCCAGAUCAAACUCUACACUGUCCAUCCCAAGGCCCUGCAGGAGUUGUUGAUAAGAUUUCGUCCGGAGUCGUCAGCGCCACCUGCCCCCACUCCAUCUGUCAGCACCGUCUCUCAUGAUGAUACAGGUCUGCAGGACGCCCUGUCGGACAUGAGCUUCAGUUUGGACAGCAGUCGAGUGGACACAUCUCUCCAACAGGACCAGCCUGUUCUCCUUACACCUGAUGCUUUUACUUCAGCCAGUCCCAGAAAAGAUCUGUCUACGACGGACCCCAUCAGAGCAAGUGGAUCAAGUACCAGUAGCUUUACACAGGUGACAGGCCUGAAUGAAGAAAUGUUCUCCCCCCACAGCUCAGGGGAUCAGUCUGUCAUAUCAGAAGGCAGCACAAUCACCCAGACCCCCACAGAGAAAGAUGCCCCUUCACCUUGCAAGUACCAGCCAGACAUCACCCCAACUAAACUUCCACAGACCGGGGAAAGUCUGACCAGCAUAGAGGAGAGCACUGCGGAGGACAAACCCUCAGCUCUACAGAAAGUUUGUGUGGACGAUUUAUUUGAUAGUACCAGACAAAGUCUGGAACAGACACUUAACAGCACUGAUUCCACUAGGAAGUCUAUAGAGAACACAAGUAGUACCACAGGGUUUGAAGUGGGACAGCUUGGGGCCCAGAAACUGUCAACGAUGAAGGAGUCAUACGAUGAGAAUGAUGAGGAGGUAGCAGAGGUUUUAGGAGAGUCGUACAAAGAAGAAGAAGUCGAGGAGAACUUACAGGAGGACCCACAGGGCACCCAGCCAUUUGAGGAGCACAGUGGGGACAUGGAGUCAGGUUCUAUGCCCACAUCCUGGCCUAAACCUCCCGACGUUAACACAGAGACACAGGUGCUGGAAGAUAUACAGAAUGAGGAUGUUUACAUGGAGGAUGAUGAUGUACAGAUAGAGGAAGAAGAAGAAGAAUCCAAGGAAGACAAUUACGAGAAGGAUGAGGACACACAGAAUGUACAAGAUGGCAGCAGUGAAGAAAUAGAGCAGAUAGAGGAACAGAGUGAAGAUUUACAGAGUCCCAAAGAAGCACCUGUUGCUGCUCCUGUAGCUAAAUCAAGGGAGAUAAUUAAAGAAAUCCAUACCAGAGAAAUUAUCAGGGAAAAUGUGGACAAAGAAUCCAUUACAUCUUUGAAUGAGAAUAUCCAGAGUAUUCUGGCAGUGUUGGAGGCUCAGAAUGCUAAGAUUGAGUCCCUACAGUAUCAGCUCGCUGAGCAAGAGGCUCGUCAGAGCGAGAUUAAUCGACGACAGCUAGAAAAUGAGGUCAUAUCACAACAACCACAGAAUAUCGAGGAACAUCUGGGUAAGCUGGAAGGCAUCGUGACGUCCAGAGUGGAGAGGAUGUUUACACAGCAUGCUCAGAAAGAGAACCAGAGAGUGAGAGAUUUACUCCAACAGACAGAACAGCGAGAUAAACAGAGACAGGACAGACUACAACAGACGCUUAUACAGGCCAUGAACAACGCAGUAGCCAGCAACAUGGAGAAACAAGUUAGACAGGAGAUGAACAACACUAUUCUACCCAAUGUGACCAGGAUUCUGGAACCUGUGAAGGAACUCAUGCAUCAGGAGAUUGCCCAGAAACUGACUGCUACUGACUCCAUCAUCAAGGACAGCAUAGGGAAGAUGGUCAGAUCUAGGCAAACGAUAGAGGCCCUGGGUGUGGCUGCAGGGAAUGUAUUACAGACCCCUAUACAGCUGGCGUAUAGGGAAGCCUUCCAGAACAUUGUUGUGCCAAGUUUUGACAGAGCCAUGCAGAACAUCUUCCAGCAAGUCAAUGAAGCUUUUGUGAAGGGAACGAGGGAAACUACCAGACAUUUAGACACUCAGCUGAAUGAAAUGCGUGAGAAACACAUGGAGGCUCGUGACCCAAUUAUUGCUCAGCUACGUAAACUUACAGACAGUUUUCAGUCGUCAGCGGACUCUGUACAACAGCAGGUGCUCUCUACAAUACAGAGUAGGAUUAAUACAGAGAUCCAGACAGCUCUCUCCAAUUUGGAGGAGACAAUUGUGAGAUACGUCAGACAGGCAGUGAAGGAGGAGGUCAGUAUAGCGGUGAGGGAACAGGGAGCCAGUAUCAGUGAUAGUGUACUUAAUGCCAUGAGAUCAGGGGCUGUAACUCCAGUACAAGUCACACCUGACCCCCAUCAGCUCCAAACUCAAGUCCUGAAUCUCCUCAGACAAGGCCAACUCAAUGCAGCAUUCCAACAGGCAUUAUCAGCUUCAAAUCUUGACCUGGUGAUGUUUGUGUGUGAGACAGUCAACCCAUCACAGGUGUUUAACCAGAGCCCAUGUCCUCUUCAACAACCAGUACUUUUGUCUCUGAUACAACAGCUGUCAGCCGACAUUGGAAAUAACACGGAACUAAAACAUAAAUACUUGGAAGAGGCUGUGAUGAAUCUAGACACUUCAAACCCUGUUACUCAGGGACACAUGAAGGGAGUGUUAAUGGGACUGACUCAGAAACUGAAGACUUACAUAACAGCUAACCCAAACGACAAGACCACUCGGUCUUUACGCAUGUUGCAAAUGGCAUCCGAGUCAUUACUCAGGUGAACAGGGGUCUUCGUAGCUUGUCAAAACUUUUAUUGUUAUAAAACAGGGAUUUUCACAAUAGAAAAAGUACUAUGUACAAGGAAGAGUUCAUGAUAGAAUAGCCAAGGAUCCCUUGAAUUUGAGUCUCAGUUAAGCUUGAAGAAUGAUAGUACAUGUAGGAAUCAUUUAUUUUGUGAUUUCAGUUUUAAUGUUUCACAAGUUUAAAAGUUAGGGAAGUAUCUUUCUGUGUAGUUUUAGUACUAUAACAUACUAUAUGAGAACAUGGUUUAUUUGUAGUACAUGUAAUUGAUUAAAAUACAAAACUUAAGUCUUAUCAUUAAGUAAUCAAUCUUAAUUAAGCAAUAUUAUGUUUGAAAUUUGUUAAGAUAUAGAACAAUAUCUAUACAAAUAAGAUAUAGAUAAAAUCUUGUUACUAUUUUAGUUUCUGAAGAAUUUUUUUUUAAAUUAAAAAUCAGAUAUGGUCUGUAGGCACAGCUGAGGAAAAUUCUUUGUACCACAUACUAGUUUUCAUUUUUCGAUUUUGCCAUAGCACUGUCUAUGACAAAUGAGAAGCAAACCUGAUUAAUGAAUUUUAUAAAUGACUUACAAUGUAGAUUCAGUGGCUUUUCAAUGAGAGGAAUUGAAUCUUUCUACCAUUUAUGAUAACUACCAAUGAAACACAUUUUGAACUUUCUCAGAUAAUAUUUUUUUCUUCUAAGGAAGUUUUUAAAAAUAAUUGUGAACAGUCACUGUGUUUCUGCAUUAUGUAGGCUAUAUCUGGGAUAUCUGUUAUGAGAAAAAAGGUCCAAUCUGAUGAUUAUUUCAUAUAACAUCUUAAAUAGCUUUUGACUGGAAAAUGUUUAUGUUUCUGGAACUUGCGUUAUUGCUGAAGUCUGUGUGUUAUUGUUAGUCUAAGUAUGAAUGAUAGUGCCAGAAACAAUAAGUCAGUUUAAGAAUACAUGUAAUUGGUUGGUCAUACUUGUUUUGUAAACAUCAAAUAAUGUUUACAUGUAUCAAUGUUUUUACUGUGAUAAAAUACAAUAAAUAUUGUAAGCAUUUUCA